AUGGAAAAGGCUGGGCCCUCCAAACCUGUGAAAAUGAAGAAGGCAAAAAAACCUCAAGACGCAAAGCUGAAGACAAAAAAGGUCAGGCGGGCGAACGAGGCGAAGGCUAUUGCGGACUUAGAGCAGGCAGCUCUACACUUUGAGCCACCAUCGGACCUGAAGGCCUUCGCAGACCUCCCCAUCUCUGACCUGACCAAGCGAGGACUUAAGCGUGCGCACUUCGUCGACAUGACGGACAUCCAAUCCAAAAGCAUUCCCACCUCCCUGAAGGGCAAGGACGUUCUCGGUGCAGCUCGUACGGGCAGCGGGAAAACGCUUGCGUUCCUCAUCCCGGUGCUGGAGAUUUUGUAUCGUCGGAAGUGGGGACCACAGGAUGGGCUUGGCGCGCUGAUCAUCACCCCCACAAGGGAACUGGCCGCCCAAAUAUUCGAAGUGCUACGUUCCAUUGGCGGAUAUCACAGCUUCUCUGCGGGACUCAUAAUUGGAGGGAAAAAUCUGAAGGACGAGCGGGAACGACUUUCACGCAUGAACAUUCUUGUCGCGACCCCAGGGCGACUCCUUCAGCACAUGGACCAGACGAUAGGUUUUGAAUGUGACAAUCUGCAGUUACUAGUUCUCGACGAAGCGGAUCGGAUACUGGACAUGGGCUUCCAGCGCACCCUCGCUGCUCUGCUCUCGCACCUUCCCAAGUCCCGACAAACCCUCUUGUUCUCUGCCACUCAGACGCAGUCAGUAGCCGACCUCGCGCGUCUCAGUUUAAAAGACCCUGUCCCCGUCGGUAUCGAAGAAACUCUAACGGAAGGCGCGACGCCCAAAGCGCUUGAGCAGCACUACGUUGUCUGCGAGCUAGACAAGAAGCUCGAUGUGCUCUGGAGCUUCAUCAAAAGCCACCUCCAGACGAAGACGCUAGUCUUCCUCUCGAGCUGCAAGCAGGUGCGCUUCGUGUUCGAGACGUUCUGCAAGAUGCAUCCGGGCGUCCCACUCCUGCAGCUGCACGGGAAGCAGAAGCAGAUGACGCGCCUUGAGACGUUCAAGCGGUUCACGUCCAUGAAGCACGCCGUACUGUUCGCGACCGACAUCGCCGCGCGCGGCCUUGACUUUCCGUCCGUCGACUGGGUGCUGCAGGUCGACGCACCCGAGGACGCGGACACGUACAUUCAUCGCGUGGGGCGGACGGCACGGUACGAGAGCGCGGGCAAGGGCUUGCUGCUGCUCGCGCCCAGCGAGGAGGAGGGCAUGCUCGCGGCACUGAAGAAGAAAAACAUCGAGGUCCAAAAGAUCAAGAUCAAAGCGAGCAAGACUCAGAGCAUCGCCAACUCUCUCCAGAACCUCGCGUUCCAAGAUCCUGAGAUCAAGUAUCUUGGUCAGCGGGCGUUCGUAUCGUACCUGCGUUCUGUGUACCUGCAGAAGGACAAAUCGAUCUUCAAGCUAAACGAGCUACCUGUCGAGCGCUUCUCUGAGGCGCUUGGACUCCCUGGUAUGCCGAAGAUCAAGUUCCUCAGCAGAGAGAUGGCGAAGAAGAGGAAGAAUGCGUCUCGGGCAGUCGCAGGUGCUGGCCCGUCUUCAGCAGGCCCUCAGAGCGAUGAAGAGGGGAGCGAUGACGACGGGUCGGAGACUUCGGGAGAUGAAACUUCCGAUGAAGAGGAAGAGGAUAGCUCCCCUGUUGUCGCGUCCACGAGUACUGGCGAGCAGAAGCCAAAUCGUGUGCGAACCAAAUACGAUCGACUGUUCGAGCGCAAGAACCAGAACAUCCUCUCCGAGCACUACAAUAAGCUAGUAGACCACAGUGCCGACGGUGCUGGCAGUGACUCGGACGACGACUUCAUCACACUCAAGCGGGCGGACCACGAGCUUGAAGACGAUGCCUUGCGCGAGUCUGAGUACAAGUCGAAGAGGCAGCAGAAGACGGCGCUCUCCAAAAAGGCGCUCGCUAAGAAGGGCCCGAGGGGACACAAACUCGUUUUCGACGAUUCGGGUCAAGCGCACGAAAUGUAUGAGUUGAAGGAUACGCAAGAGGUGUUUAAGGAUGCGGAUGAGGUCAUGGAAGCCGGGCGACGGUUCGCGGAGAGCGAGCGCGGGAAACUGAAGGAAGCGGAUGUUGCGGACAAAGCAGAGGCGAAGGAAAAGAAGAGGGAGAAGAAGCGGAAACGCAAGGAGCGCGAGCGCGAGGGUGCCCACGAUGAGGACGAUGGCGAAUAUGCUGCUGGACCGGUGGUAGUGGACUUCUCGGAAGACGACGGAUACGUCUCUCCUGAGUUUGACCUCCCGUUGGCUCCAGACGACGAGAGUGAAUCGGAGCGACCCCCUGCGAAGAAGUCACGAACGACAGCGGCUCAUGCGCAAUCAGCGUUGGAGGCAGAGGAGGAGCUGGCUCUGAAGAUGCUUCGUCGCAGGUAG